UAUUCUAGUUGAUGAUUUUCAAUUUUCCUUGUUUUGUUGUUUAGGAAGAUCUGCUCCUCGUCCUGCCCCUCGUGCAGCCCCUCGUCCUGCUCCAGCCCCAGUACACCAUGCUCCUCCACCAGCUCCCAUGCAAAGUAGCGGUGGUGGAUCCAUGCUUGGUGGUAUUGGUUCUACCAUAGCUCAAGGGAUGGCCUUUGGUACUGGAAGUGCUGUGGCACACAGGGCUGUAGAUUCUGUUAUGGGUCCACGCACUAUUCAACAUGAAACUAUUGCUUCCCAGGCACCUGCUGCAGCAGCUCCAACAACCAGCGGUGCUGGUUCAGAUGCUUGCAGUAUGCAUUCUAAAGCAUUCCAAGACUGCAUCAACAGCUCUGGAAGUGACAUUGGCAAGUGUCAGUUCUACAUGGACAUGUUGUCCGAGUGCAGGAGGAACUCAAUGCUGAAUGCCUAAGCUUGUUGGCUGGGUAUCAAAAGAC